AUGCGCGAGGAGGAGCUGGAGGUGGCGCUCAAGGUGGUGAUAGUGGGCGACGGCGGCGUCGGCAAGUCCAGCAUGAUCCAGCGCUACUGCCGCGGCACCUUUACUAGGGACUACAAGAAAACUAUUGGAGUGGACUUCCUGGAGCGACAAAUUGAAAUCGAUGGUGAAGAAGUAAGAUUGAUGUUAUGGGACACAGCGGGGCAGGAAGAGUUCGACGCGAUCACUAAAGCAUACUACCGCGGCGCGCACGCCUGCGUCCUUGCCUUCUCUACCACAGAUAGAGAUUCCUUCCUCGCGCUACAUUCAUGGAAACUAAAGGUGGAAAACGAAUGCGGGGAGAUACCGACGAUUAUCGUACAGAAUAAAAUUGACCUCAUGGAUCAAUGCGUUGUCGGACCGGACGAAGCAGAGUUAGUAGCGCGCGCGCUGGGCUGCCGGCUGAUGCGCGCUUCGGUGAAGGAGGACGUUAACGUGGGCGCGGUGUUCCGAGCGCUGGCGGCGCGCUGCCUCGCCGACAUGCGCCGCGAGCACGCGGCUGAUGCGCCGCCUUGCCAACCACCAGUUAUUGGCACAUUCACAAAUCACAACACCAACGGCACCAUCUUGCUACGACCGACCAAGCACCGGUCUGGCGGCAAGAAAAAGAACGUGCUCAAGAAUGCGUGUAGAAUAUUG